UUUCCUCUCCCUCAAUUCGGAGUAGACAAUCCACGUUGAGAUCUUUCCAGGGGAGGGGAGGGGCAGGGCUCGGGUCCCAAGUCUCACACAAGUCUCGCUGCCAUGGGGGCCGUCAUGGGUACCUUCUCGUCUCUGCAAACCAAACAAAGGCGACCCUCUAAAGAUAAGAUUGAAGAUGAGCUGGAGAUGACCAUGGUUUGCCAUCGGCCUGAGGGACUGGAGCAGCUUGAGGCCCAGACCAACUUCACCAAGAGGGAACUGCAAGUCCUUUAUCGAGGCUUCAAAAAUGAGUGCCCCAGUGGUGUGGUCAAUGAAGAAACAUUCAAACAGAUCUAUGCUCAGUUCUUCCCCCAUGGAGAUGCCAGCACGUAUGCCCAUUACCUCUUCAACGCCUUCGACACCACCCAGACAGGAUCUGUGAAGUUUGAGGACUUUGUGACUGCUCUGUCGAUCCUACUGAGAGGAACCGUCCAUGAGAAGCUCAGGUGGACAUUUAAUUUGUAUGACAUCAAUAAAGAUGGAUACAUAAAUAAAGAGGAGAUGAUGGACAUUGUCAAAGCCAUCUAUGACAUGAUGGGGAAAUACACAUAUCCCGUGCUCAAAGAGGACACCCCGAGGCAGCAUGUGGACGUCUUCUUCCAGAAAAUGGACAAAAAUAAAGAUGGCAUAGUGACUUUAGAUGAAUUUCUUGAAUCCUGUCAGGAGGAUGACAACAUCAUGAGGUCCCUCCAGCUAUUCCAAAAUGUCAUGUAACUGGAGACACAACCAUUCAACUCUCAGAGACAUCGUACCAAACAACCACUUUAACACCCUGGUCUGCCCUUGUUCUGACUUUACAUGCCGACUCUUGGGACAGAAAUGCCUUUUAAAGACUUUGAAAGCAUUCUCUGCUGAAGACUUUCUAUAGAACCCAGCAUUACCUGGCUCGGUCUCUGGUUGCCAGUCCUCCUUCCUCCCUCUUCUUGAGAGAGACAAGAUGAAACUUGAGUUUGUUUUGGAAGCAUGCUCAUCUCUUCACACGGCUGCCCUAUGGAAGGUCCCUCUGCUUGAGCUUGAAUAGUCAUGCACGAUCAUCUGCUUGCGUGCUCCAGCCCAUCUGCCUCUGAGUGCUCAUCAUAUCUAGAAGCCAGAAGGCCUGAGCGGCCAACACACACCUCCUUCUGAUGGCCUGCGGGACCAAUGUGCCUGAUUCUCUCCUUUGGGUGGGAAGAAUGAACAUUCUACAGAAUAAUUAGAAUCAACCAUGGUUAGAUUGGGAGAGCCAGCGCCUAACACAAGCAGGAAAAGACUGAUUUAUUAAGCACGGCAUUGUCUGAUGACUCAAACUGCCCACAUCCAUUGUCUCCAGAAGAAUGGGCCAAACAUGAUCUCUCACUAGUGUCUGUACUGUUAGCACAAGUCCCUUCAUGUGCCCAGGAAGGGAGUCAUUGCCCUGUGGUCCAUGCCUCCUCCCCAUCCCCUGCUCGAGUCCAGCGCUGCAUGUCCCUACAAAAAGAGCCCAGAAUGCCUGCAAACUGCUGUAAUUUUAUCCAUGUUCUAAUCAAUAAACAGAACUAUUUCUUA